GGUGCAACACAGUGUCUAGUCGUACCUCUGGAAAAGACACCAGUACGAGCAGAUAAGUGGUAAAACAAAGAAACAUGAGGAUGACAAGGCGCAUGUGGCGUCGCUCCAGGACAAUCUGUCUCUCCUUGGCCUUCAUGACCGUUUUCCUCCACCUCCUCCUGGCGCUCGUCACACUUUCCAUCCCUCACCUGCCUUGUGACGCCCCGCUGCCACCCGAGAUGCACUUCAGGGUUUUGGCGCGCAACGCCAACGCCUCGGCGAGGGACGGAGGGCACGCGGAGCCACCAACAGACGCCCUUCAGGGGAAUUCUUCCAAUCAAGACGGCAGAAGGGAAGCAAAAGUGAACGUUCAAAGGCUUCCUUACAAACGCUUGACAUGGAAAGGAGAUAAACGAGCGACGGAGAACAACACAGAGAGCAAUGCCAACCAAACGGAACGCUGGGAGUCCGACAUGUUGAAGCUGAAGGCGCUGUUCGACCAUCCGCUCUACAACACGUCCAGGCCGGCUGUUCCCGAGGACGACUGGCUUCUGAAAGUGAAACCAAAGAUCAAACCGAGUCAGAGGAGCUCCCAGAUGUGGGAAAGCGACACUCAAGACAUAUAUGACAAUGUCCAGUGGAACAGCAGCGUUAGCAGCCAGCCUCCAUGGUUACGCUUUCAUCUGGGCAUCACACGCUGGGAGCUCUACCCACACCAGGACCCCAACAUGGAGCCUUUAACCCAGCAGCUCGCCACGCAUCGCAUCGUCAGCGCAGUGCAGAAGUCCGGGGGGACGCAACUGAAGCUGGUAAUGUCGUUUCCCAACUACGGACAGGCUCUGUUCAAGCCCAAGAAACAGGAGAGAGACGAAGAGACCAACUACAACCUUUACUACUUCUCCGACUUUGAGCGACACAACGCGGAAAUUGCCGCCUUUCAUCUGGACAGGAUCCUGGGCUACCGGAGAGUCCCUCCUGCAGUCGGGAGGCUGGUGGACGUGGUGAAGGAGAUCAAAGAUGUCACAACUGACCGCAAAUUGGCAAAAACCUUCUUUAAUUCCCCCGUGGGCAAUGUGUGCUUCUAUGGCCAGUGUUCCUACUACUGCUCCACGGAGCACGCGGUGUGUGGAACCCCCCAGGACCUGGAGGCCUCGCUGGCCGUGAUGCUGCCAGACCUGUCCCUGGCCAAACGCAGGAGCUGGAGGUCUCCAUGGAGACGCUCCUACAGCCGCAGCAAGCUGGCGCAAUGGGAAACAGAUCCUAAUUACUGCGUGAACGUGAAGAAGACCCCUCCAUAUGACAAAGGCACAAGACUGGUGGACUUCAUAGAUUUGGUCGUGUUGGAUUUCUUGAUGAGUAACCUGGACAGGCAUCAUUAUGAAACCUUCGAGAAGUUUGGCAACAAUACCUUCCUGCUGCAUCUCGACAAUGGGAGGGCAUUUGGGCGUCACUCAAAAGAUGAACCUUCGAUUCUAGCCCCACUGCGACAGUGCUGCAGGAUCCGCCGCUCCACUUGGCUGCGCCUCCGUCUCCUGUCUCUGCCCCAGUACCACAUCAGUGAUGUCAUGAGGGCGUCGCUGUCGCAGGACCCGCUUCACAAGGUGGCCCCGCUGCUGUCCGAGCCUCACCUCGCCGCUCUGAGGCGACGCUUGAAAACCGUGCUGGAGACUGUAAGUCGUUGCCAAGAGCAACACAAAGGCGACGCAGGGGCAGAAGACGUCAUCUACGACGACAUCGCAGAUAUGAAAUAAGAGAACGAAGAGAUUAUAAGGGCACAACACGUCUAAGCUAUUAUUUCCAAACAUAAACUCAGGAUUACAUUUUGCAGUUCCCGCAGCUGCAGUAGCAUUUAUACAUAAUCCAUAGAGAGAACACAAUGUUGACCAUGAAAUGCUUUUAUGAUCAGUAUUUGUCACACCUUUUGCUAUCAAGCCGCUAUAAUACGGUAGAGCUGGACGUAAUAAUCUAGUUUGUAGGAUGCAAAAUACUGCAACAUACUGAAGUCACACAACACCCCUGAGACUUGCUCACUCUGUCAGCGGCGCCUCUGUUAUUGUUUGGAAACUCUGACAAGUGCAAUGUGCAAUCUGACAAGUCUGGACCUCCAGCGCCAAUGUGCCAACUCAUCAAACUUUCAUACUGUGGAUAGCACUCUGCUGCCUGCUUCCUCUGUCCACUGAUUGGUUUUUUAUUAGUAUAUUGUGGUUCAGUUUUGAAAUUACACAAAAAGGUGGGAUUUCACCUGUCAGCUGGCCUUUUCUCAACGAGUUAGUUUUUUUUUUUUUUACGUGUCAGAGCUUUGUCUCGUACAUUUUGUGUCGUUAAAAUGAGAUUUAUGUUUUAAAAUAAUGACUAUUUAAACAGGGGCUAAUAUUCCUUCCACGACUUGUACGUUUUCAGUGAAUUUCAUUUAGGUUUUAUCAUGUUAAUUUGUGUGCUGUCCUCAUGGCAUCCUUCAGAAAAAAAACCUAAAUAAUUUGAUGUUUGCUUGAUGUAUUUAUUACCAUUAGAUUUAUUUAGGAUU